UGCAAGAAGCGUUAGGAGUAGUGCAAUUGUGAUAGGCGUACGAUAAUUUUGUAACCCAAAUACGAUAAUUCUCUUCUACUCAUCUGGCAACACUGAAUUGAUUGCACAGGUCAUAUUUUCCUUAAUGACUUUAAUGUUGUGUACUCUAAUAAUAGCCAUAAAAUGUAUGUGGUUUGCCUAGUUUUUGACCAGUAAUUAUUAUAAUACGAGUUCUUAAUUCGGGAUGGACGCGAGUGCGGGCGGCGUGAAGCAAGAGCCCGAGGGAGCUGCUGCCCGCGUGAUUGUAAAGGAGGAAGCAGAAUUUGUGGAUGAAGAGGAGUGUGUGAAGGAGGAGUGCUCGGACAGCGGCGACGGGUGCGGCGUGAGCGAGGCCGCCAUGCUGGCCGGCCUGUACGCCGAGCACGAGGUCAAUGACAAGCUCGUGCUGGGGCCGGAGCGCCCGCACCACCCCACAGUCAACUUGGUGAGAGGCAAGUUGAUUUUUGUUCAUCAUUCACAUUCAGAAAUCACCACGGCGAUAUGACAAUACAAGAGAGGUUUAUUUGUUUCCAUAUAGGCGGGGCUGUAGAUGCCGCGGGGGCGCGCGGAGCACAGCUUGUUCGGGAAUGUUCCGUGCUGCUCGAGCGCCUCCCCGCACACGCGCACAACCACGCUGCCACCGCACACACCGACACGGAGUCAGAAGACAAUACUUACCAGGAUGGCGACGAUGAUCGAGAACAUGAAGUGGAGGAAAAUAAACCAGAGAUUCAAAUAAAUCAAGCAGAACUUGUCCUGAACAGACAGCUGCACAGUCCAAGUAACCCGCUCUUGUUGGAUUCCAAAGCAAAGAAACCCCAGUUGACAGUCAAACCUUACAACAAUCCACGGGGACCGUUAUCGAAGAUUUUGAUAAGACGUCCCUUUCUCGUCAGUUCUGAAGGCUCAGAACCUGGGAACAUGAAGCAGGCGGAACCAAUAAUCAAGGAAAAUUGGUUGGUUCAGAAUGAGCAGACGCAGAGUGUCAUCGAGAUUAAUGGUGAAAGUUGUUCUGAGCAAAACUGUGAACAGCCACUUAGUCCGCCAACCGCAGACGAUAAUGAACCUGAUGAAGACGUUCAACCUGAGCUUGUCACAGAAGAAAGACCAUCUCAAACCAAAAAUCCUAUGGACACACCAGGACUGCCAUCUCAGCCUCAUCUGGUGCACAAGAGACCAAGUCCACUGGUUUGUCACUAUAAUUCGAUAUCAAAGUCAUUUGUGCACGAAAUACCCAUCGGAAAAUCUAAAGAAGCCAAUGGCAUCCAACAUCCUCAGCUACACCAGCUCUUAAUCACGUCAUCGACAUUACUGAGGCCUCCCAGUAGAGCCAACCUGCCUCAGCAGUAUGAACAUGCUCAAACACCAUUUGUUCCAGUCAGUAGUACUCCAAGUUUGAAACCUCCACUGAAAACAUAUGGAAGAAACUCUACUGAGGUGACCUACAGCCAUCAGAAGUCGCACGUCCAAGGCGUACCAUCUUCUACUUACCACACACAAGCCCAACUGGACCUCUCUUCUCAGCGAUAUAAGCACACAACAAAGAGAAAGUCUGUAUCAAUUGCCAAAAAGCUUGUUGAAAAGAUAGCUCGUUUUGAAGGCAUCACAAAAAAUAUUCCUGUUAUGCAGCAACCUCCGAACCCGAUAAUGCAACUCAACUUGCCCAGUGACGUGGUCACCUUAAGAGCAGCGCCACCUACUCAAAAGCUCUUGCAACAAGCUUUCCCAUUGGGUUAUCCUAAAAGUAAUGUAGGAGAAAACGUUGAUCAAAGACUUCCCCCUCAUGGUAUGGUGGUGACAUCUGCUUCCCAGAAUCUCUCACACUUGGCCCGGCAACGCAAUAUACAACCAAGUAUUGACCAGAGAACCUACCUCCAAUCUGCUGUGAUGAAUCCAGGACAUGUUUUACUGAAUCAAGCCAACAAAAUCCACCAGCCCACGCAGUUCCUACCACCACGUGAACAUCAACGCUUACAGUUGAGUGUGGACUACAUACAAGAGCUGAUGAGAAAUGAAAUGCUGAAAGGGUCUGUUGAUGGAACUCACGUUAGUGCACUUGUCGCUCAAAAUGGCGGGGCCAAUAUUCAACAUGUUGCACAAAAUCCAUCGUUCAUACCAAGCCAGCCACAAAGUAGACAAAACACACCGAAUUAUCGAGAUCCGAGGAUAACCAACAUACAGAUUGCCCUGCCUGUUGCAUCCAACAGCAAUGGUGAGAUUCCGAAGCCUCAAGAAGUCACCACAGAAGAACGAGCCCCUGCUGUAACGGAGACUUCGAACCAACCACUUCCAAAUGUACUACGCCAGUAUUCACAUCACAAUCCACGCAAACUUGCAAAACUGAGCCAAAGCCCUAUCGUACAUCAUGAAAUAUGUGCAGCAACUGUUCCUGAAAAUAUUGAGGUACAAACAGAGUCCACCAUUCAUAACUCUGAGGCUCAGACUACGAUGCCCUUCAACCAAUUGCAACAAAAAAUUGAUGUUGAUGGAAAGCCUGCAAAAGCAAUGGACAGCGAAUGUCAGAGCGAUGACUAUUUCAUGGAAGAGCAAGAAUCACUCCACCAAGAGAAGGCUCCAGAUUCUGAUGUUGUCUCCCAUCGUGACAUUGUAUCAAACUACGAAGAUCCAGACGACCAAAAAUCUUCAGAUGGUUCACUUAUUGACACGGAGGAGACUCACGUUUCUGAGAAAUAUGCUUCUCCUGCAGCCAUUGCAGAGAGACCAGCAGUUGCUCCAAGUCCUACUCAAGAAAAGCAGCAGGAGCUUUCAAGAAUGGAGAGGCAGGAAACGCUAGAUAAAUACCAAGCUGUCCUCAGUGAAAUGUACGGAAAUUUGAUGCGUCUGCGAGAUGGAUAUAAUUCUUUGCUAAAUUCUACGUUGGUAAUUGCUCAAUUGUACGAUAAAGAGUUAGGGCCCGAGGAAGACAAGCCGACAGAAUUCGUUAAGAUCUCCGCGUCAGAAGCUCCACCGGUGGCCAAAAAAACACCAGUCGAAAUACCAGAACCAGGAAGUUCUAGCAAUGGUGGCCGAAAGAAGAACUCGCGUAUCAGCACUGCGCCUUCGAAAAAUCAUAAGCGAAGAUAUACGUUCGUUCUGCCGCCAGAGUAUGAUCCGAAUGACUCAAGAUGGACUUUAAAGCAUCGGAAGAAUGGGCCGGGGCUGAUCGAACUCAUACCUCAAAGUCGGAUCUACGUCAACGAGAAACGAUUCAAAAAGGUCAUAGAAUCAUCAAAUGACUGCAGAGCGUUAGCACGGUUGCUGUUAACAGAAGUCUUCAGCAAGAAUGCACUAAGUGUGUGCUCUAUGACGGGCGGACAAGCGCGGGCUUUCAAGCCCUUGGAGAAUGACGUGAGACCAGGGCUGGACAAACACGCAAGACUGGUGCUGCUGGCAUUCAUCGAAGAGUACGGAAAUAAACGCAAGUGGAACACGGCCGACACGAUGGGUAUCAUCAGCAGCAUUCGUACAAAAAUCCAGGAGAUGAGAGCCAAGUUUGGCAAGAAAAAGUUAGUUUAACCCUCGGAGGCUCGUGAGCGUCUGCCCACUCUCGAUACUGACAUUUACUAUUCGCUAUGUGCACGACUGUCACGCAACGCAACCUAGCAUCCGCAAAUCUAGGGGAAAACGUCAAUUCACUACAUCUUAUAAAACUACUCCGAUACUAUUAGAAACUACUGAACGGAUUUUCAUACGACUUUCAUCUAUCAAUAGAGUAACAAAUAACUUGUUAAGAUUUUUGUGUAAAUUGGUUGAAAAAUAACGAUGUGGUUGGAAAAAAUCACCGAACCGAACCUACCGAAGUAGAUCACGCUGCCUAAUCCCUUUGAGCUAUAACAACACAAUGUAUGGUGGGGUUGUCUCUCUAUCAUGGGUCUACAAAAAAGUCCGCGGUGUUGAAUGUCUAUUAUGUCUAUCUUUUAAGGAUAACUUACUAUAUCCAUUCUUAACUUCUAGAAAAAGAUCACGUAAUAUGUGGCAUUCGCAAAGCUAUUUACACGGAUACACUAUUAAUAAUUAUCAAAUUAAAUGAGUUAGUUAUAUUUAGCAUUCACACAGAUUACAAUGGUCCCUUACACCAUGCAAUUUAAAUGAAUAUUUCAGGAGUAAUCGUAAAGUUCCAUUGCGAGCCAUAUAACUUGUACGAAAUGUUAAAGACGCCGUCCGCAGUUAGUUCUAAUUUUUGCUACCAUAAGGUAGUAAGAAUAAGCGCUGCGAUCGCUUUACUUACCCCCACCAUGCACCUCGCACAAGUAGCCAAUACACAAUCCCCACUUCGGCGCCGUGCGGCUCACCUAGUCCAACUUCGCCGCUGAAGAGUUAAGCGACGUGAUUUAUUAUUGUAACUGAUUACGGUUGAUAAUUUGUGCAAUUUGUUUUUUAAGUAAGAAUAUAAUUAUAUAUAGUAUAUGUGUGUAUUAUAUUUGUAUGUAUAUGUUAUUAUAUGUAUUUUUGUUUGA